AUGGCGCAGCGGCUGUGGAGAGCCCUCAGAGGGCAACAGAACCCCUUGCCGUCGGCGAACCCUAAGAACUGGCCCGAGCCUACCAUCGAGGAUGUCCUAGAGCGGCCGACCAGGAUCGUGCAAAUCAACAAGCCUCAGGAGUAUUCCUUCUGCGACAACUUCAUCAAGACUUCGAAGUACGAAGUGUGGUCGUUCAUGCCCAAGUUCCUGGCGGUGGAGUUCCACCCCAGGAAGAAGAUCGCCAACCUUUACUUUCUCAUCGUCAGCUCUAUGCAGGCCAUCCCGGCCAUCACGAGCACGUUCGGCUACCCCAUCCUGCUCCUGCCGCUGCUCUUCAUCGUCCUUAUCGACAUGAUCUUCACCAUCAUCGAGGAUGCGAGUCGCCACAAGGCUGACGCACUGGCGAACGCUUCUCGAACGGUAGUGCUGGACAAGAAUAGCGGCAAGUGGACCGUGAAGGAGAGAUGGGAGGUGGCUGUGGGAGACUUCGUCAAGGUGCACAACCGCGAGGAGGUUCCGGCGGACAUGGUGGUGGUGGGGGUACACGAGCGGUACAGACCCAAUUGCUCCGGGGCGUGCUACGUCGAAACCAAGUCUCUGGACGGCGAGACGAACCUGAAGAUAAGGCAGGUCCAGAAGGUGCUGCUGGGGAGAGUGGACGGCCACAAGGACCUCGACUCCUUCAGUGGGAGAAUAAUCAUGGAACACCCGAACAAGGCGAUCGCAUCCUUCACGGGGUCGUUGGAGGUCUCCCUAAAGCCCGGGGGCGGAGCCGCCAGUGUUGGUGUUCACGGCGACGUCGAUGGCGCCGCUAGCUCGACGACGACGGCGGGGGGCGGCAGCAGGAAGAAGAGUAGGACUGUUGUCAAGGAGCCGGUCACUCCGGAGAACCUUCUGCUCCGCGGAACGGUCCUGAGGAACACCAAGUGGGCGGUGGGGCUGGUGAUCAGCACGGGGCACGACACGAAGGUCAUGAUGUCCAUCGCACAGGCGCCUGAGAAGACCUCGCACCUCAACUCCAGGGUCAACACGGAGAUCAAGGGCCUCGCGCUGAUGCUCGUCCUUUUCUGCCUCACGGGAGCGAUGGGCUCGUCCAUCUGGCAGUCUGCCCAUGAGGAGUUUCGUGCACAGGUGUUGAUGCUGGACACGGAUUUGGUGGCCGACUUCGUGGUGCAGUUCUUCUACUACCUCCUCCUCUUGUACGGGUUCGUGCCGAUAUCGCUCUACGUGAGCCAGAACUUUAUCCGGUUCUUCCAGUCAUGGUUCAUGGAUCAAGACCUGGACAUGUACCACGAAGCGACGGAUACCCCUUCCAGGGUCCGCACCAUGAAUCUCAACGAAGAUCUAGGGCAGAUCACGCACGUGUUUAGCGACAAGACGGGCACUCUGACCCAGAACGUGAUGGACUUCCGGAAGUGUACCGUCGGUGGCAAGUCUUACGGCAAGGGGAUGACCGAGAUCGGUCAGGCGGCUCUCGAGCUCAAGGGUGUUGAGCUUUCACAGGAAGAGCUGUCGGCGGAGCAAAUGGCGCAAGAUUUCGCAGCCCCCCACGUCAACUUUUACGACCCCGUCAUGUUUCGAGAUCUUCAGGCAGAGGCGGAUGGUGGAGACGGUACCGGCCCGCUGACGGAGUUCUUGACGGUGUUGGCCCUCUGCCACACGGUCAUCCCCGAGCGGCCGAACGACAGUGAUGAGAUCGUGCUGUCAGCGUCUAGCCCCGAUGACGAGGCUCUUGUCUUGGGAGCCAAGUACUUCGGCGUCGAGUUCACGGAGAGGAUCGACACCACGGCGGUUAUCCGUCGGACACCGAUGCCCUCCCCGCUCUCGCCCUCGGGUGAUUCGAAGAAGGAGAGGUACGAAGUCCUGCGAAUUCUCGGGUUCAACAGCGUGCGGAAGAGGAUGUCCGUGGUCGUCCGAGGGCCAGACGGCAAGGUUAAGGUACUCGCUAAGGGGGCCGACACCACCAUGGUGCCGUUGCUCAGGGGGGACACUCCGAAGGAGAUGCUGGACACAACGAUGGAGCACCUGGAAGGCUUUGCGCUGGAGGGGCUACGCACGCUCAUGGUGGGGGUCAAGGACUUCCCGGAAGACGACUUCGACGCUUGGGACGAGGCGUAUGACACGGCGAUCAACGACCUGACGGAGGUGGCGGAACAGCAAGCCGGCAGGCCUAACAGAAUCGACGAUCUCAUGGCCCAGGCAGAGAGGGACUUGACGUUGAUCGGAGGCACGGCGAUCGAAGACAAGCUCCAGACGGGUGUGGGAGAGACGAUCGAGAAGAUGGUAAGGGGGGGCAUGGUGGUGUGGGUUAUCACGGGGGAUAAGGAGGAGACGGCCAUCAACAUCGGGGUGGCGUGCCAGCUGCUGUGGGCGGAGGAUAGGAUGGACCGAUGCAUCAUCAACACCAAGACGUGUCCCACACCGACGGCGGUCAAGAACCGCCUCGUGACGGAGUUCGAGCGGUACUGCGCCGACAUGGCCGCCUGCAAGAAGAACGGGCAGUCCUGCAAGCCGCGCUGCCUCGUCAUCGACGGCGCGGCGUUCUCCCUCAUCGAAGACGCCCCGCUCACCUCUCUUCACGGUCCUCUGGAAGGGGAGCCGAGCCUUAUGAGUCUUGUGUCGGACUCUCCGGCGAUGAGCAUGAGCAUGUCUCAAACCCAGAGGGCGGAUACGACUACCACCGAAACCCCAAGCAGGCUCAAGGCUACCACGUACAACGAGCGUUGGAGAAAAGACCGCCAGGCAGCGGCCUCGGUGCUUCCUCCCCGCUCCAGCAAAGAGCUCAACUUCGACCUGACUGCGACAGGCUCCGAACCGCUGUCUUCGGGAGGACGGGCGUCAGCCGCAGCAGCAACGGAAGAAGACGCCAUGGAAGGAGCAGUCGUCGCGUCCUUCAGCAGCGGCAGCAGCGACGUCGUCGGCAGCCCUGCCCGAUUAUCCCCCGGAGGGGGCUCCUCGUUCUUGGUCAACGGAAACCCGGGUCGGACAGCGGCGGUGGGUGUUCGAUCGCGCCCCGGUGGCGCUGGUUCUCCCGGGGGUGACGAGAAACAGGAGAAUGAAGGGUGUGUGAGCUGGGGGCUCUCGGCGAGCCCCGCGGGAGAGUAUGGCGGCGGCGUCGCUAUCGGGGGGGACGUGGAUGAGGAAGCGGGGGGGGGGGGAAGGGGCGAAAAGGAGCAGGUCGUGGAGGUUAUCCUAGAGGCGGGGGAUGCGCUGACCGCCAAGGAAGCCUUGCUGCAGAGCCUGGUCCGGUGAGAACCCGGCGUGCUCCGUCCCGGCUUUGUAGGGAUGCGAGGUCAAUGGU